AUGGCGUCGGAUCGGAACGUCGUCGUCGAGGAGGAGCCCUCCGUGAUGACGAGCUCGUCGCCAGCUGGGACGACGGACGUCGACGGCGACGACCGUGCAGGAGCCGCGGCGGGCGCUGGGGAAGAAGGCAUGGCGCCGGCGGCUGCUGCUGCUGCGCCUGCUCCCCGGCCAUACUACGAGUGCGUGUUCUGCAAGCGCGGCUUCACCACGGCGCAGGCGCUCGGCGGGCACAUGAACAUCCACCGCCGCGACCGCGCCAACAAGCCCGCGGCGCCGCCGGCCCCCGCCGGCAUAACGACGCCGGCGUCGCGGAACGUCGAGUGCUUCCUCGUCAGCCAGAGCCAGUCCCACCACCGCCACCUGGCGUACCCACCGGCGAGCACGAGCGGCGCCGGCGGCAGCGCGGCCGGAGUGGACGGAGUACAGGGACCGGCGGCCGUGGGCCCGAGGGAGCUAAGCCUGUUCGAUGCGGCGGCCGCUACCGCUACUCGUGAUCCCAGCUUGCACGUCGGCGCCAGGCGCGGCGGCGAGGCGCCGGCACCGGAAGUAUCCGAGCAGCGGGCAGGCGAGCUGCCGGAGAGGGAGCUCGACUUGGAGCUCAGGCUCGGCCGUCACACCAAGCACUGA